AUGGAUCAAAUCUCCAAAGCCAAAGUCCGCAACGGCGCCAUGAAACUAUUGUCCUUGGUCACAGGGUUCGGACUUGCCGCCUCUGCACAAGCCCAUAUGGAGAUGAAGUACCCUCCGCCACUUCGUUCCAAGUUUAACCCGUAUGUAGUAGCCGAGGAUAUCGAAUACAACAUGAUGUCGCCUCUAAAAUCGGACGGUAGCGAUUUCCCAUGUAAAGGUUAUAUCGGACUUCUAGGCACUCCCGAGGGCAAACCCGUCGCUCAGUGGACAUCUGGGCAAUCGUAUAGCAUGACGCUAACGGGAAACACGAUCCACCGUGGCGGAAGCUGUCAGGCAUCCGUCUCUUUCGACCGUGGCAGCACGUGGGAGGUGCUCCAUUCUUACAUUGGCAACUGUCCUGUUGCAGGCGACUCAAGCUACAAGUUUAUCCUUCCCAAUGACACCCCCACCGGCGAAAUGCUUUUCGCGUGGACCUGGUUCAACCACUUGGGAAAUCGCGAGAUGUAG